AUGAAAGAAAUUAAAUCUGUAGGUAUUAUAUCACCAGAAUCAUCUGCAUUAUUUAUAUGCGAUAUUCAAAGUAAAUUUGAAAAUGAAAUAUAUAAAUUCAAACAUAUGGUUUUUGAAAGUAAAAUAAUGAUGAAAGCAGCAAAGGAAUUAAAUAUACCCAUUGUAGUGACAGAGCAAUAUCCAAAAGGGUUAGGUAAAACAAUUGAAUUAAUUUCCGAAGAAUUUGAAGAGAAUAAAACAAAGCAAUUCCAAAAAACCUCAUACUCAAUGUACACACCAGAAAUUAAAAAAUAUUUAAAUGAAAAUAAACAAAUAAAAUCAAUAAUGAUCGCAGGUAUAGAUGCAAAUGUAUGUGUUCUUCAAACAUGCUUAGAUUUAAUUGCAAAUGGUUACGAAGUGCAUAUUAUAGAGGGUGCAGUUUCGAGUUCAAGUGCCCACGAAAGACUAAUGGCCUUAAAGAGAUUAAAGCAAUCAGGUGCUUUUAUUACAACUUUAGAAUCUUUAUUUUGGCAAUUAACAAAAGAUUCAAAACACAAAAGUUUUAAAUUUGUUCAAAAAGGAAUUAUAGAGAAAAGAAAAAUCAUGGCAAAACUAUAA